AUGGCAGAUCGGCCUCCUUCGAAGCGGCUUCGGCUUGGUUCGCUUGCAGACGGCAUCCGUUGUGGGAGAACACGUCCGUUUAGUGAUUUGUGCACUGACCAAGCACCUCAGCAGCGGCAGCAUGCUGCAUCACAGCAGACAGCCGCGCCAGCUAAUUCAACAGGGUCCGCAGAGGGCCAGCAAGCGGUUGCUGCUGUUGACACACCGCUGGAGGAGCAGCAACAGGCUGCUGAACCUUCUGCUGCGGAAUUACGGGCUAAAUGGCGCCGGCAGAAAGCUGCACAGCGUGCCGCAGCCCCUCCUGAGUUGCGGGUGUUGCAGCGCCAGCAGGAUGCUGCACGGCAUGCAGCUGCACGUGCCGACCCGGAGGUGAGGGCACAGCAACGGCUGCAUGACACUGCACAGCAUGCCGCUGCCCGUGCUGCUCCGGAGGUGAGGGUGCAGGAGCAGCUGCGGAACACUGCGCAGCAUGCCGUUGCCCGUGCUAAUCCGGAGGUGAGGAUGCAGGAGCAGCUGCGGAACACGGCACAGCAUGCGGCUGCACGGCAGGUGCAGCAGCAUGACCAGCAGGCCGCCCCUAGGGAUACAAUAUUGACUCGCAUGCACCGUCUCUUGCGGUUCGCGGACCUUCAUCGUGACGACGCCGUUGACUUGCCAGAAUUUCUUUUGGCGAUUCCAGAGGGCCGCAUGCAGGACCUUCCUGGCGGUCAGUUACCGCCUGACAGGCAGGUACCGUACACCGUGCAGCUGCAGUGUGCAUCGACCAUGGCUGCUGCCUUGCGCCGGCGCAUGCCCUCCCGUGUCUGUGCUGUGUGCUCUGAGGUGUGCUCGGAGGACCAGUCGACGGUGCUGCACUGGAUAGAGAUUCCCAACGUUGACAUUUUACGUGCAGACGUCAUGUGUACGGACGCUGUGCAGCGCUGGGGGCGUACUCUGGUGUGGCGGCGGAUGGCACGUACAGCUCAGGGAGACGCACCACCGCCACCUGAUCCAGUCCUGCCUGCUCGGUAUCGUGUUAGCCGGGCUGAGCGGGCUGGUGCUGUGGAUGAGGACGGCGGCAGUGCUAGUGGAGCAGGCAGGCUGGUGGAUGAUGCGGUGGACGGAGCACUGGACGUGGAUGCUGGUGCUCAGGAGACUGGCGAUCCGGAUUUGAUGACGGCUGAGCAGCAGCCCGAGCCCGAGCCCGAGCCCCAGCAGCUUCCACCGGAUCAACAGCCGCGCCCCCCGCGGAGCGCAUAUUCGUAUGCAACGUCUGCCACAAAGCCCUUAGCGCCCGGCGAGUCCCCGAAGCUGCGCUGGCGCGCCUGGACCUGGCGAUGUGCCGGGCAGCUUCUGGGCCGCGGCCGCAUCAUCCAGCAGCUGCUCAUAAUGUACCUGGCAGACCGGCCGCCGGACGUCUUUCCGCGUGCUGUAAAGACCCACGGCAUUGGGGUCGUAAAUCCCGACCCGAAUAUGCUGCGAGGACAGCUGCCAGCGUGGGCGUCCGACCUGGCCGGCGCUAUCACGGUCGUGUGUGUCGACCAGGUUCACAGCCGGGCGGAGCUGCUGGAACGCGUGCGAAAGGCGCCAGGUCUACAGGUGCGAGGGCAGGUCAUCGUCGCCUGGGUCCGUUUCUUACAGCACAACGAUGAGGAGGAGCUGGCUAUCGAUGAGGAUGCUCUGCAGGAGUACGAGCGCAUGGGCUGUGCUGCAGGUGUGCGGCAGUUCCAGGACGUGGUGGAAGCGGCUGUUCGUGAUGGCAAUCUUGCCGAUGCAGCUGCGGCACCUGAUGUGGAUCCUGCAGGACCCGUGCAACCUACGCUGGCGGAUCCGACCCCGAAUGCAGCACCCUCGCCUGUCCUGCUAGUGAUGUAUCCUACUACUCCGCUGUAUGUAUUCUUGAGUGCAGGGCAUGACCCUGGACCGGGGCCAUUCACCGCCAUCCUGCGUGGACCUGCCGACCAGCCAGUUGAAGGUGCACCAGUCGAUCCGGCAGCUGCCACUCUGGACGAGCUGGAGCUGAUCCUGCCACAGCCGUCGAAUGUUGGCAAUGAUGGCAGCGAAAUCGACCGCUUCCCGGGCCGAGUGGAGGACCUUCUGACUGGCCGUGCGCGGCUUGCAUUUGCGGCUGGUGGCCGUGACAGCCACGUGCUGGAUGACCGUCAUCCCGCCAUCCUCACCCUCUGCUUCCCCCAGUCCUUCCCGUAUGGCUUUUCUGGUCAGCGCCCCCGCGGCAUGUCUUUUCCGGCAUAUUGUCGCCACCUGCUGCACCGCGUGCCGUGGACGCAAUUCGGCGGCAAUCUCAUGCUGCUGGCACGCAUGUACAACAUCUGCGUGCGCCACGAAAGCAUGGCGCAAGUGGGCAUUACCAUGAACAUGCGGCCGCAUCUUGGCGAGCCAGCAGCGCGUGUGCCGCGUGAUGUCAUCCGUGCUAUGGGCACCAUACUGGCGCUGCCAUAUCGGCACUCACAGCGGCGGCAGCUGCUUGUGCAGCAGUCGCCGCUGGUUAAGGCGCUGGUGGAGGGGGCCCGCCUCAGUACUCUGCGCCUCGACCUCACAGACGCGUAUUACAAUGGUGCCCGAUCCAAGAUGCGUGCAGCCGCCCUCACCAUUGGCUGGCCCCCGCUGUUCUUCACCGUAAAUCCGGCAGAUAUGCAUGCAGCCUGUGCAGUCGUGGCCUCCGGACAGGUGUUGGACUUUGACGAUGAUGGACGACCGCAACAUAUCCCGAGCACGGUGGAGAAGUGGCGGCGCGUGAAGGAUGACCCGUACAGUUGCGCCGCCCUGCUGGUGGCCACCAAGGAGGUUCUGGUGGAGGAGCUCUUCGGCUUCACGCCGGGCGCCAUGCAGCAGACGAAUCCGCACUGCUUCUGCGGCCUCACUUUUGAGGUGGCGGUCAAGGUGGAGCAGAGCGGCCGCCUCGCCCUGCACAUCCACGGUGUUGCGCAUGUGGCCAUGUUCGCAGUCGAGCGCCUUCAGGCGCUGUUCAGUGGACCCAACUGCCGAGCGCUGGCCCUGGCAUACACCCUGUGCGCCAUGUGGUAUCCCUCGCCGUACUAUGACCCUUUCACCCGCGGUGCAGAACACUACGUCAUGGACAUGACCGUCGAAGAGGCCCAGCAGCAUGGCCGUGCACCUCCGCCCGUGGACAAGUCCUGCCCGCCUGCAGCGUACGAUUUUGGCAGGCUCGCCGGCUGUGCAGGUGGCGGGCUCCCGCCGCCUCCCCGGCACGCUGCUUGCCGCACACACCAUGCAGCCGUCAUUCGCAGCACGCUUACUCAUACGCAUAACGACACGUGCAAGCGACACGGCUGCCGUGGCACAGAUGAUAGCUGUGGCAUGGCGUUCCCUCGUGUCCUGCGCAGCGCCUUCCAGUGGAUUGGCACCGGUGGCCUCUUCCUUCUGCCGCGAUUGGGCCCGAACAUCAUACCGCACAUGCCAGCUGCAGCGCUGGCCUUCGGGUGCAACCAGCUGUUUACUCUGGCGUGCGAGGUGGAUCGCGUCUACACGGCAGAGGCAGCAGCACAACUGGCCCGCCCUGAAGAUGAAUGGGGAGACUGUACGCUGCUGCAGCCUGCUGCUGACCGCGCCCGCGACUCUGCCUACUACAGCACGAAAUACACUGGCAAGAGCAUCAACGACAGCCAGGUGCAGCUGACGUGCAACACUCUUACCCGAGUGCAGGAUUUCCUGCUGGCUGGAAGGACGCCGGAUCCGAGUGCCAGUGGGCCCACCGCCUUUGGCAACAUGUGUGCCACUGUGCAUCGCAUGACCGCUUCCAUUACGGCUGGUAUGGCGCUUGUCGCCAUGAAGCUGGACGGUCAUUCCACAUUCGAGGCGACGUUCGAAUGCGCAUACCUGCAGGUAGACGCGUUCACAGCGCUAUCUGCGGGCGCCGAGCAAUCUCCUGAGGCGGCGACCACAGCAGCAGUACUGGUGGAGGCUGAGGAGCAGGAGGGGUACACGGUGACCAACGCCGUGCAGAGCUACGUGCUGCGGGGGGAAGAACUCAGCGGCCUGGACUGCAGCGUAUACAACCUAUCCUCCAACUAUGAGGUUCGACAUGUGCCGCCAGCUCAGCACCCGCACCGAGAGCGAUUGGGUCUACAGAUUCCGGUGGCAGUUCGACGCCGCAAGCGCACUACCCCAGCCACACCCAUAACCGCCCCUGUGCCUGCCCCUGUGCCUCUGCCGACUGCAGCCCCUCCUCCUGAGCCACCUGCUCCUACAGCUGCAGCGACACUCGACCAGCCAACGUCUCAGACAGCCACGGAGCUGCCCCGCCUGCUUGGAGGCUCCCUUCCCCGCCGACCCCGUCCUGGCACCUCUGCUGCGGGCAUGGCGCAGUACUAUGCAUUUGUCCUGGGUACUUUCAAAGCUCACCAGGGUCAGCCCAUCUCCCCCGGGCUGACUGUAAAGGAAGCCUACGACACCUGGUGGGCAGAGCUGGGCACUACUGAGGCAGGUCGCUCGUACCAGGUGUAUGUAUCGGUGCUGCUGGACAACAUCGAAGAGGACCACGCUGGGAAAGCCCGCCGUCAGGCGGAGUACAACCAGCGGCGCCGACAGCAGCGUGCGGCAGCGGCAGCAGCCGCGCUGCCUGAAGGUGACGGCACAAGCACUUCUGAUGGCGAUACCGAUGACGGCAUCCGCGGGCAUCUCAGGCCUGAUCCUGAAACACAGCCGCCCGCCGACGACCAGCUGGAGCACUUUGUGUACAUCCCAGGUCAGGAGUAUCCGACGGCUGGCACCGAUCUUGCCACCGUCGCUCUUAUGGACCUGUUUGACUGCACCAACGCUGCUGGCGCGUAUGCCUAUGAUGCAGCACGGUGCUGCCGAGCCCCGGCCCUAGUGGACGGCCAUGGUGCACGCAGCGAUCGUUUCAGCCGUCGGAUCACGCCAGCGGACCUGCCCCUCCUGACUGAAGCGACCAAGCGUCUGAAGCGGUAUCUCGUUGCAGCAGCAGCCGGCACUGUUGAGGCAGAUGGAGGCGCCCACACGGGACUGACGGCCACACCUGAGAUGGAUACCCCUCACAUCGAGCUGCACCGCCCCGCCAGCGGACCCCUGGUCGCCAUCGUGCGCAUGCCUGGCACUCCUGAGCGGACUGAACAGGCUCGCAUGCCCCUCUAUGUGCAUCUCCCCCAGCCGCCCAGCAUCGACAACACCAUCGAGCUGUUCACGCUUGCCCCCCACCAGGCCGUGCCCUUCAUGCUCAUGGCUCGGUACUUCGAUCACCGUGAUGAGCCCAACCCUGGCGACCCGCCGCAGAUGCUUGUGGAGGGCAAGCCCGGUACCGGAAAGAGCCAGUUCGUACAGGCGCUCCUGUGGUACACAUUCCAGCAUGGCUGCCCGCACUGGGCGGCCACCUGCGCCUACUCAUGGGCUGCUGCAACUGCCUUCAGCACGCCGGUGCAUCGCAGCCUCUCUACCCACGCCAUGUUUGCUUUAUCUGCUGGCAGCAACCGAGCGGACAGCGUCAGGAAAGGCAGCGCAGCCAGCCUACAGGUGCAUCGUAAUGUCGGCGAUGGUGCGCUCAUCAUCGACGAGAUUGGCAUGAACAGCCUGGACCACCUGGGUGCGUGCAACCAGUCCUGCACUCGUCACCUGUUGCCGCCACCGCAUCUCGGCGGCGACCACCCCGCCGCCACCAUCUUCAGCGGCCGUCCCAGCGCCAACACAGGCGACGAGUUCCAGCACCCAAAGCCAGGUGGCCCGCCCCUUUACCGGUACGCCGCUGCUGUGGAAUGCAACCCUCAGUUCUCGCCCUCUGUCCCAACCGCGCAACCUUUGCACGGAGAGGAGGACAAUGAUGGCGACCCUAAUGAGGCCGCCGCUGGAUCUCAAGGCGGUCAGCAGCAACCCGAAGUAGCAGCACGCCGGCCCCGGGCCGUCCCGCAGACUCAGAGCUGCAUACUUGAGGGCUUCCGGGUUUACCGAUCCCUGGCUAAGACGGUCUUCUUGCUGGAGAAGCAGCAGCGCCAGGACAGCAGCCCCUCUGGCCGUCGCCUGACAGAGUACGCCUCUAUGUUUGGCGGUGAGCCAGCCACCGAGCAGCGCAUAGCCGAGAUGGUCGACGACCUCAACAGCCGCGCCAUCGUCGACUUGGCCGACCUGGCACACCUCGAGCCGCGCGUCGUGCUGCAGAGGAACGAACCACGCCACACACUCAAUACCCGUCUCAUCAUGCUGGAGGCACAGCGCAAGAAUCAGCGCCUUGUGGUGUGGAAUGCGGACCACGUCCCUGUCCAGAAGCGCGGUGCUGCUGCAGAGCCGGCCCUGACACACGUGGAGAAAGCAGUUGUGAUGCGGAUCAAGGAUCACGAGUUUGGCCACACCACCGCCGACACGUGGUACUACCAUGGCGCCCGAUACAUCCUGCUUGAUACGACAGCUGCCGAUGCCGGGGCGAGCCACAACAACGAGGUGGAAGCCUGCGGCCUGCUUGAGGAUGGCCGCGAGCCAGCAGAUGACGGCCGUGGCCCCUACCGCCGACUCAAGUACCUUCCAGCGGCCGUCAUUGUCCGGCCUAUAAGCGGCCACAUCCCCGACACCGUGCUGCAGGGCCUUGGAGACUACGCCAGCAGGGGUGGUGCCUUCAUCCUGUCACCCCGGGCGUCUUGCAUUGCCGAGGUGGAGAUGCCUGCCGCCGGGUAUGGCACCAUCACAAAGCAGAUCCGGCGCCUCAACGUACCGCUCGGCGACCGCCAGGCGGUCACCGAUUACUUCGUGCAAGGUCGCAGCUUCAAAGACGAGUGCUGGCUGGUGGAUCACGCUGUCCCACCCAACGGCAUCAAGCGCGCCACCCUGUAUGUGCUGCUGACCCGCUUUAAGACGCUGGACCACGUCCGUCUGCUACAGCCGCUUUAUACCACGCCACAUGAGCGCAAGAGGAUAAUCAGACAAUUCCUCAGCGCGACUAACCUCGAGCCGGACCUCGCCGCCAACCUGCGCCUGCUGAAGCAGGCAGCACGCGAGACGGAGCAGCGAUAUACGGCCGAGUUUGAGCAUGCGCGACAGCUGGAAGCACGCUGGACCUGCCCAGCCCAGGGCUAG